ACAUUUCGAACGCAUCUCUUGGUUGGAAAUUCAACAUCGAUUUCUUGGCGGAAAGAGUAGCCAGCCAGCCACAUGCGGUGUAGUCACGGCGCCUCUGUGGUGUGGCUUCCUCCCCACCACAAGGCUCCCCACCCUUUCCAUCUCUUCCAUCCCAUGGUUCGUAGUCGCACCACCACUAACCACCCGACCAAUUCCCCUAGCUUCAGCUGCGCGCUUCUCUUUUCUCUCCUAUACGUUCUAGGUUCGUUGCUGUUCGAGCGGGGUAAGCUUAGCCAGCCUCUAGCAAGAGCAAGAGCAAGGGCAAAGGGCAUGGCGGCGGCUGUCUCCUUCUCCCGGGUGCGAGCUCUCCCGACGUGGUCCAGCUCGGUUUCCGGCGACGACCACCACGCCUACUCCGUGUUGGCGACGUCGUCGGUGUCAGCCAGACCUCGGUCUGGCGCGCGACCGCUGCGGUCGCCGGCGCAGAUGAUGGGCAACGUGAACGAUGGCAAGGGGCUGUUCGCACCGCUCGUCGUGGUGGCGCGCAACAUCAUUGGCCGCAAACGCUUCAACCAGCUGAGGGGGAAAGCAAUCGCGCUGCACUCGCAGGUCAUCAACGAGUUCUGCAAGACCAUCGGCGCCGACUCUAAGCAGCGGCAGGGCCUCAUCCGCCUCGCCAAGAAGAACGGAGAGAAGCUCGGAUUCCUUGCCUGAUCUGAUGAUCGACGCCCACGAUGACGAUGCUAAUAUAUAUAUAUAUAUAUAUAUAUAUAUAUAUAUAUAUAUAUAUAUAUAUAUAUAUAUAUAUAUAUAUAUAUAUAUAUAUAUAUAUAACAAUACUAAUAUAAGUACACCAUCUUCAAGUAGUGACGAACAAUGAUACCUUUCUUGCUUAUCCCAAAUUCUCUUUUAAGUGGUAGCUAUAGUACGUUCCUUGAUGUAACGAUGCUUCAAUUCAGCCUCAGAUGUUUGUUUGUCGAUCAGCUCUCAGCUAUCUGCUUUCUGCUUGCUUGCUUCAUUAUUCAUGCGGAAAUUCAGUUUCAGACGAUUGGUUUGUCUUGUCAACUGAAUGACCAUGCAUCUCAAAAUGUUGGCAAGAGCACUGUCAUGUCAUAUAAAGAGAGAGAAGCGGUCUUA